AUGAAAACAUUUCCCCUCCUUAUUACUUUUGAUGGGUCCCAAUACGAAGAAAUUCAAGAGGCAAAAUGCGGCUUCAAAAGAAACGACGAUGACAACGACAACGUCGGCGUCUCUUAUCGAAAACGAACAUCGAAUGGUAUGGUGGAAAGAAAAAUAAAAAAAAGUAAUGCUUUGAAUCCAAAAAGAUCAUCAAAUGUUCAUGGCACGCAAUCAAAUUUAACGGCAUCCCCCUUCUUUAUAUUACCGUUCCAUUGA